AGUAAAACUAAUUUGACGUCAACUGUCAAUUUAUUAUUUUAAUAUUUGAAAACAAAAAAUAAAUAAUAAUAAAGCUGUAUAACAUCCAUAACAUCACCAGUUUGAAAUCCAAAUCCAAGCUGAAUUUAUUCUGGAUGUCUACAGCAACAAAUUAGAGAAUAGUGUAGUGUAGCCUAGUUUAUCCUGAUUUUUUGUUAUCACAUCAAGACAUAUUUUUUUUCUUUGAUAAUAUUACCAAAUAUAUUACCCAUAGUACUGUUUCAAGAUGAUGAACAUACUUCUUCAACAACAACAGCAACAACAACAACAGCAGCAGCAACAGCAACAACAGAACCCGCAACAGCCACUCAUGCAACAGCAAGUACAACAACCACAGCAGCAGCAACCCUUAGAUAAUAUUUCAAAAAUUAAGUCAUUGAUAGGACCCUUAAGAGAGUCUCUCUCGAAUACCAUUAAAACUUCGGCACAAACACUUAUACAAAACAGUCAAGUGGAUGUUGGUUCACAGAAAGGUGUGGAUGUACAAAUUCCUCGGUUUGACAAAAAUUUGGAAGAAUUCUACUCAAUCUGUGAUCAAAUAGAAUUACAUUUGAAAACUUCACUGAAGUGCUUAUCUCAACAAGAAAGUAGCAACAGAUAUUUAAAUCUUCCUGUAGCACCCACCAAAAGCGAGAGCUUGGGUCUUAAUGACAACACCUUAACAUAUCCGCAGUUUUUGGCUACUGCUACAGCACAAGUUUCCUACACAAAGGAAAUUCAUGAUACACUGGUGGCUGCUGCACAGAAUAUAUCUCCUUCCGAUUGACUGUUUCAACUCUAGGUCUAGGAUAGUUAACAUGGAAUGAUUAUUUAUUAUAUGUGUUUUAUAAAAAGUAUCAAGUGAUUAUGUUUUUAUAUAAAUAAAGCGCACUCCAUCUUUA